AUGGCCUCUCAGGAUAACACAUCAGUGGCCUCUCAGGAUAACACAUCUGUAGCUUCUCGGGAUAACACACGAUUGGCUUCUCGGGAUAACACACCAGUGGCCUCUCAGGAUAACACAUCAGUGGCCUCUCAUGAUAACACAUCAGUGACCUCUCAGGAUAACACAUCAGUGGCCUCUCAGGAUAACACCUCAAUGGCCUCUCAGGAUAACACAUCAGUGGCCUCUCAGGAUAACACAUCAGUAGCCUCUCAGGAUAAGACAUCAGUGGCCUCUCAGGAUAGCACAUCAGUAUCUUCUCGGAAUAACACACCAGUGGCUUCUCGGGAUAACACACCAGUGGCCUCUCAAGAUAACACAUCAGUGGCCUCUCAGGAUAACACAUUAGUGGCCUCUCAGGAUAACACAUCAGUGGCAUCUCAGGAUAGCACAUCAGUAGCUUCUCGGGAUAAAACACCAGUGGCUUCUCGGGAUAACACAUCAGUGGCCUCUCAGGAUAACACAUCAGUGGCCUCUCAGGAUAACACACCAGUGGCCUCUCAGGAUAACACAUCAGUGGCCUCUCAGGAUAACACAUCAGUAGCUUCUCGGGAUAACACACCAGUGGCUUCUCGGGAUAACACACCAGUGGCCUCUCAAGAUAACACAUCAGUGGCCUCAUAG